GCCUAGAAUAUGACAUCCAAGGCCGCCAAAGAAAUGAAUAUCAUCAAGAAGGGAUUAAAAUCUGUUGAUUCCAAGUCUGAAUCUGAGUUGCAAGUCUAUAAGAAAGAAAAUGCAGUCCUGAAAAAAUCUCUGGAAGAAAUCGUAAAGGGAAAAAGCAAAAUGUCACCUGAAGAAAGGAAGAGGCUUCUGGAGAAAAUACUUGCACUUCAAACGGAAACUGAAAAAUAUAACAAUAUCCUUGGAGAGCGAGAUCGUGAAAUCCAGCUCCUGAAAGAUAAGCUGAAGAGCAGAAGCCAAUGUAGUGAUACUGCUAGUCUACUUAAUCAAUUGGAAGAGAAGACAAAGGAAAUGGCUAAGAAGGAUCAGAUGCUGAGUUCCUUCUCAGAAGAGGUGAAUUGGCUGAACAGUCAAUUAUCUACAGUUACAGCAAAAUGUUCAGACCUGGAAAAUAAAACUGAUAAUGUACAGAUUUCCCAGGAUAUUGCUGCAAGUGGCUCUGGAAAACCAGGAUAUGUUAAUGAAAUUGAAAUGCAACUGAAAGAUGCUUUGGAGAAAAACCAUCAGUGGCUCUUGUAUGACCAGCAAAGGGAAGCUUAUGUUCAGAACCUCUUGGCAAAGAUCUUUGAAUUGGAGCAGCAGCUGGCUGUUAACCAACAACAAGCAAAAGAAACCAGGCCAGAAGAAGACAAGCAAAGAUAUUAUGAACAGCAGUUAGCAGCUUCCCAAAAUGAUCUCGAGGCAGAAAGGCAAACUGUAGCCCAGCUGCAUGCUGACCUGAAUGAAUUCCAAAGGAAGUAUGAUGAAGCCAAGCAGGAAGUGAUGAAUUUGAAAAGCCUAUUAAAGUUGCACCAGCAGGUUGAUGUUCAGACUCUUCAAGAUGAAAACCACAUCAAAGGGCAGAUAUUACAGAGGCUUACACGUGAAAAUGAGGCUAUGAGAGGAAAGCUGGAUGAAGAAAGGAAGAGAACGCAAGCUCUCUCAUCUCAGGUUGAACUGCUGCAGAAAUCUUUGUUAAAACAGCAAGACGAAAAUACAAGGCUGGACGCUUUGGAACAACAGAUCCAGGCAUGCACUUCAGACUUUGAGAAUGAAAAGCUUGAUCGCCAGAACUUGCAGCAUCAGUUAAAUAAGGUUCUUAAAGAGCUGCGCAAGGCAAGGGAGCAAAUCACACGUCUUGAGCCCUCAAAGCUUCCAGAGCAUGGAGGAUGUAUAGAAGUCUUGCAUAACUUCCAGAGUGAGUUUGAAGACAAGCUGACACUACAAGACAAAAGUUCUUCACCAAGGCGAUCCAAUCUUCUUGAUGAAAGUUUCCUGGCAUGCCCCAAAUGUAAAGCACAAUAUCCUACAAGCCAGCAUAGGGAAUUAUUAGCCCAUAUUGAUGUUUGCCCAGAUUAAACACAAGGGCAGACCUGCAGUUCUGUCUUAUUAGACCCAGGUAUUUUAAUUAAAAAUAAUGGCUUUUAAAAAAAAGCAAUGCACUUAGAUUCUGUAGGACUAUAGUUUAUAUUCCAGCUAAAACAUUGUACGUA